GGUGACCAUGUACUUUGGGUUUUGAAAGGGUUGGGAUGGUCAUUGGAAAAAUGUCUGAAGUGGUAGUGUAUAUACAUGGAUCUUCUGAAGCGUUUGAAUGAGUCGACAAUUGUUUGUAGGUGGGUAUUGGUUGGUGUUGGAACAAAUUUGAGGCCCUUGGAGAGGAUGCAUUUCAGUGGUGGUGCUGGUUCAUGGUUGGUGAGAUUUACUAUGAGGUUCUUAUUGGUGUGAGUUUGGAUUUGUGAACGAUAGUGUUUCUUGUCAUGUUUUUUUCUGUGGGCUCUUCUGUGUGGUUGUUCAUGGAGGAAAGAUUUUAUUGCUUUCCUUUCAUGAACAUGUUGUAAAUUGUGGGGAACUGUGCUUGUUUCCCCUUCAGCUGUUGCUUGAUGGAUGAGUGCAUGAUGCUUGCUAGAGGUGGAGUUGUGGUUAUUGGUGGGCGUGGUGGUGUGUGAUUGCUGGGUGGAGGUGGUACCCGUAGUGGUGGUUUGGGUGUGGCAUGUCAUGGUCCCCUGUGUUGGUGGUGAUGUGGUCUUCUCUGAAAAACCUGCUUUUCAGGUUUCCUGGUAGGUGGUGUGGUGAUUGCUGUGGUUUUAGGGCGUUUUGAUUGAUUUUUGGUGUUUGGUUUGGGUGUUAUUUUGCGUUUCGAUGGUGGUUUGUGGUUCGAUGGUGGUUUGUGGGUGCUUGCGAUGUGGAUAAGUGUGGUCGACAGCCCCUGUGGGAGAUUGUCGUUUAGGUCUGUGGAAAGUGAUGAGAUUUGUGCAUCAAUUUUUGAUGAUUCCUCCGAGUGGUGUUGGUGCAGGAUGUUUGUGAGGUGGGACAUGCAGUCCCGAAUGCCAGUGUCCCAUGCUUCCUUGAGCUUUGGUGACAACUGGACCCAGGGUUGUACACUGAUGUUAAGACCAGCUGGUGCUGUGUGGUUUGUUAUGUGCUUGUCGAGGAUGGCCAAUUGUCGUUGAUGGUCAUUUUUGCGGUGGUUGAGUUCAACAAGUUUGUUGAAUAUGGUGGUUGUGUGGUGUGUGUUGGUGGGAGUGAUGAGUGUUUGGGAUGUGUUGGUGGUUUGGUGUGUUUGUGGAUUUUGUGGUGUGAUUGCUUGGGAUGUGGUUGGGGAUGUUGGGGGUGAAGGUAUCUUUGGGUGUGGAUGGGAUGGCGGUUGGAGACACGAUUGGGGUAAUGGGUUUGGUCUGGGUGGAGGGUGGGGUUGUGUCCAUGGCAGUGGGACUCUGUGGCGCGAUUGCUUGGGAUGUGGUUGGGGAUGUUAGGGUAAAGGUGUCUUUGGGUGUGCAUGGGAUGGCGGUUGGAGACACGAUUGGGGUACUGGGUUGGGUCUGGGUGGGGGUUGUGUCCAUGGUGGUGGGACUCUGUGGCGUGCUGGUUGGUGGAUUAACAGGUGUGGUGGAUUGUGGGAGAAUUGAAAUUGGAUUGGUCAAUAUGGUGGAUGGUGAGUUUGAUGGUGUUUUGGUGAACAGAUUGUUUUCAAAGUCAGGGUCUGAUAUGACGAGUAAACGUUGUAGCGUCUCUAUUUCAAACCCAAUCUAA